AGCAGAGGUUGUACCAGGGUCUUAACCAGGUGUUCACCGACCAAUAUUGUCAACAGGGUAGUACAUCACUGUAGCAGCGCUAGAAAUUUCUUUUGCAAACAUUUUCGACUAAAAACUUUACUACAAUCGGCCUGGACAAACAAAUCUUUUCAACCGUGUUCACAUUUUAAGUACCGAGCAACAACAAGAAUAGGUUGUUUUAAUGGUGCAUCUUACUGGAAGAGAAUGGGUGCCAACAUUUCCCAGCUGGAGCGCGACAUCGGCUCAGAUCAAUUUCCACCGAACGAGCACUACUUCGGUCUGGUCAAUUUCGGAAACACCUGCUAUAGCAACUCUGUGCUACAGGCGCUCUACUUUUGCCGCCCAUUCCGAGAAAAGGUACUAGAGUACAAGGCGAAAAAUAGACGCACCAAGGAAACGCUACUGUCCUGCUUGGCCGACCUUUUCUACAGCAUCGCAACACAGAAGAAGAAGGUGGGUUCGAUUGCACCGAAAAAGUUUAUCGCUCGACUGCGUAAGGAAAAGGAAGAGUUCGACAACUACAUGCAGCAGGAUGCACACGAGUUCCUUAACUUUCUCAUCAAUCACAUCAACGAAAUCAUACUUGCUGAGCGUAACCAGGCAAAGGCAGGCAGCGGCGGAGGUGGAGCCGGUAGCACGGGUGGUAAAAGUACUGCUGGUGGUACUGCAAAUGGCAUAGCCAAUGGGAAUGGUGCCACCAACGGUACGGACGGACCUGGUAGCAACGGUAGCAACAGCACCGAACCGACGUGGGUGCACGAAAUCUUUCAGGGAAUAUUAACGAGUGAGACACGCUGUCUGAACUGCGAGACGGUUAGCAGCAAGGACGAGAACUUUUUCGAUCUGCAGGUGGACGUGGACCAGAACACCAGCAUAACGCACUGCUUGCGUUGCUUCAGCAACACCGAAACGCUGUGUAGUGAUAACAAAUUCAAAUGUGAUAACUGUUGCAGCUAUCAGGAGGCACAGAAACGGAUGCGCGUUAAGAAGCUGCCCAUGAUACUGGCCCUGCACCUGAAACGGUUCAAGUACAUGGAGCAAUACAACCGGCACAUCAAAGUUUCCCACCGUGUCGUGUUCCCGCUCGAGCUGAGGCUGUUUAAUACGUCCGACGAUGCAGUCAAUCCGGACCGGCUGUACGAUCUCAUGGCGGUGGUCAUACACUGCGGUUCCGGUCCAAACCGUGGCCAUUACAUUAGCAUUGUAAAAAGUCACGGUUUCUGGUUGUUGUUUGAUGACGAUAUGGUUGAUAAAAUUGAAGCUUCCACCAUAGAAGACUUUUACGGGUUAACAUCGGACAUUCAAAAGUCAUCGGAAACUGGUUACAUUCUGUUCUAUCAAUCCCGGGAUUGUGCGUAGGAAAACGUCAUACACGAACUAUUUAAAUUAAUGUCGACGUUGAUGAACCGCAACAACAAGCGAACCGGAAGUGUUUAUAUAGGAACAAAAAGCUAUACAGUACUGUUAUGUUAGUGAAUUUGGUUGAAAUUAUUUAUUUAUUUUCUAGCAGAUGUGUAAUAUAUAUCAUUAUAAAGUGACUGCUGGUGAUGAUGUGUGUAUACAGUGUAAUGACGAAAGCCAGCACCGGUAUGAGAGGGCGCUUGUACUAGGUAUAUACCCAGUUUUCUGUUUUGAUCAAUUGUAGGAAUUUUUAUGCGAUUUUUUUAUUGUUGGCGCUUCACGACAUUUGGUUACAAUCCAGUAGAAGAGAUACGCUAUUCGUUUGGUACUAGUAAUGAGCGUAGUAAUCAAAGGAACCAUACAAGAAAGCAUUGCAAUGUUGUGGACAUUGAAAUUUUGCACUAGCGAACGAUUUGUCUCAUCAACAGGACCGUUUGCUAUGAUCGAAGCAUUUCGCCGUCAGUACAUGAUUUAGAGCAAAUAAGUUUAGUUAACACCAUCGUAAGAAACUAUGGCACAGUUUCAUGGUUACUGCGGAGUUUGUGUUUGUUUGUUUUUUCAUGGAAAGCACGGAACAGGGAAAAGAUCGAUUUGAAAUCGAGCAAAAAAUACACAACUAAAUCAGCGUAGACUUUUUCUUAAGUAGGCACCGAUAGAAAACAAACUACAUGGAAGAAGAACAAACUUACUACAAUGCGUGCGGAAAGUAAAGAGGGUUUGCUACGAAAAUCUUGCACACGAUGAAAAAAAUCAACAGUUUCACACAAAGUGAGAAUAUUGCCAAUAGUGAUAGGAACACAACUUCUAAUAAAAAACAAUACCAAACUGUUCAGCAAA